UGCCAUGACAACAGGACGAUGGCUGCAAGCAAGAGGAGGCGGCAUGUCUCUGUUCAAGGCACGUGAUUGGUGGUCAGCAACACUUGGCGAAGGGGAGGAGUUUGACCAGGGAUGCCUGUGUGUUGGAGACGUGGACAACAGUGGCACUGGACACGACAAAGUUGUAGUGGGAAGUUACAUGGGGAUGCUGCGAAUCUUCUCCCCGCAUGCCAGUAAGACUAUUGAAGGAGGUCAAGCUGAUGCCCAGCUGCUUGAAGUUCAGCUUCAAAAUGCCAUCAUCCAAGUCGAACUGGGCAAGUUUGUUUCGUGUUCAGAGCUUCUUCACUUGGCUGUUCUCCACCCCAGAAAGCUGUCAGUCUACUCUGUAUCAGGCACUGCAGGGAACGUGGAGCAUGGUGACCAGUACCAGCUCAAGUUGGUUUAUGAGCAUAACCUGCAAAGAACAGCCUGCAACAUGACUUACGGCACCUUUGGAGGAGUCAUGGGUCAUCAUUCCCUCUGUAUCCAGUCUAUGGACGGGAUGCUGAUGUUCUUCGAGCAAGACAGCUACUCUUUUGGCAGGUUCCUCCCUGGUUUUCUGCUGCCUGGUCCCCUGACUUACAACCCCAGAACAGACAGCUUCCUCACUGUAUCCUCUGCACGAGAGCUGGAGAGCUACAAGUAUGAGACUCUCGCUGUGGCUACAGAAGCAGAAAGUCGACAAGAUCCCAACUUACCCCUUAAGACUGGAGGCAAGAGGCUGACGCCUGACUGGGUAUUUGUGCUGGGAGAGCAGGCCCUGGAUCUCUGUGUGCCCUCUUUCUCCCAUGCUUCUUCCCACAUCUUCAUCCUGGGUGAGAGGAACAUCUACUGUCUCCGUGACAAUGGGCAGAUCCAUUUCAUGAAGAAGCUGGAGUUCAACCCCAGCUGCUUCCUGCCAUAUGCCUCGGUGACAGAUGGCACUACAAACCUGUUGCUAGGUAAUCACACCAACAUGCUGCUGGUUUACCAGGAUGUGACCUUGAAGUGGGCAUCCCAGCUCUCCUUUAUCCCCGUGGCUGUGCGUGUUGCCAACUUUUUGGAUGUGAAGGGAGUCGUGGUGGAUGCCAGGGAGGCUGACUAUGAGCAGGUGGAAGCUGAGAUGAAGAAACUGCAGAAAUUCAUCCGAGAAGCCACCAGGACUCAGGACAUUUUGCCCAAAACCGAUAGUGAGGAUGACCUGUGCAUUACUACCACUGUUUCCUCCAGCAUGGACAACCCAUCGCAAGCCCUGAUCCACGAUAUCAAUGGUCUGCCUGUCCCCUCGGUGACCGUACAGGUGAAGGUGAAAGCCAGUAGUGUGGUGAAGUCAUCUAAGCUGAGCAUUGGUGUCCAGCCUCCUCUGACAGUUACUCAGGAGCAGUUUGUCCUUGAGGCCAUGGGAGUUCCCAAGGUCCUCCAGUCCAGGUUCAAUCUUCCUCCAUCAUUGGUGUGUGUCGCUUGUCCUCCACCCAAAGCCACCAAGUUUAAGAUAACUGUGGACACCAACCAGCCACCAGUUGACCUCAGCUCCAUCUUCCGAGAGUUUUCAGCAAAAUCAGAAGAUAAGGAUGGGAAUAGUUUGGCUUUCCAGCUUCUGUCAGGAGCCAAGGUUACUGUGCUAGCCUCCAAGACCUCCCAACGUUACCGUAUUCAGAGCGACAGUUUUGAAGACAUGUGGUUGGUUGUGAAGGAGCUGGUCCACAGGUUUGACCAGCAUUUCUCCAAAUUGGGAAUCAAGGAUUUCAAGAAAAGUUUCAGUGGACCUCUCCCACUGGAGGAGUACUUCCUGUCUGUAGACAAGCACUUCCAGCUGCGUGUCAGUGCUCAGAAAUAUCAGGACCUGCUGUCGGAGCGAGCAGUCCAGUUCCGAGCCAUCCAGCGCCGCCUGCUGACUCGGUUCAAGGACAAAACCCCAGCACCCCUGCAGAACCUUGACACGCUAAUGGAUGCCACUUACAGCCAGGUAAUGGCACUGGCAGAGGCUGCAGAGGAGAACCGGGCACUGCUGGAAGAGGCGUUUGUUCGUCUGCGGAGUGCCACACACCUUCUCGUGCUCCUGCUGUCCCUGUGGCAGGGCCUGACCCCCGAUCAGACCAGCAUCCUGGAGGCCACACUGCUUCCUCUGCUGCAGGACACACCGCAGCUGGGUUGGGAAGAGAGCUGUGAUGCUGCCGUCUCCCACCUCCUACGGACCUGCUUGUCACAGAACCCCAAGGACCAGGCUACUUCUCUGGCGCAGACAGGAGGAUCAGUGCUGGGCCUCCCCAGUGACACUGCCCGUCUCAAGAAGCACAUCACCCUGCUUUGUGAACGAAUCGGCAAAGGGGGGCGUCUCACCCUGGCCUCUGAGGCUAAUGUCCAGGUCCCUGCUCAAGUCCAGAAUCUCGCUGUUCCUGGAUGGGAUGAAGCGACCCUGAGCCAUCUUUCAGUUAUGCUACUAAAUACUCAGGUUGCCGGGCUACUUCAAGAAAAAGAGAAGAAAGAGGUGUCCAAGGAACCAUCAGAGGCGAGCGUAAAAGAAGAAGAGCCGAUCAAGGAGACAAAAAAGGAGAAGAAGGAGUCAUCCAAGGAGAAGAAGGACUCCAAAAGGGAGUCAACUAAAGAGCCCAAAGAGGAGGCAAAGAAGGAGUCCAAGAAGGAAUCAUCUUCUUCCAAGGAGAAGAAGGAGUCAUCAAAGGAGAAGAAAGAGAAGGAAAAAGAGAAGGAAGGGAAGGAGGCAGGAGACAAAAAAGUGUCCAGGAGAUCAUCAGUUAAAGUGAAAGAGAAGAAGAAGGAGCCAGAGGCUGCGGAGGGUUAAUAGAAACAGUGCGAUAACAUAAUAUGCACACACAUACAGAAAGAAAGCAUGUCUAAACAGCAUAUACAGAUACAAUAUGCACAUCUGGGGGCUCGUACAUAUAAAUAUACAUGUGUUUAUAUACAGUUCACAUUUAAACAUAUACAAAGCCAUGUAAUUCAAUCGGACACAAAUACACAUUUAUAUUCAGUAUACACAAUAAAUACAGUAAAUCGACUCGAUCAAGGUCACAUGUCUUAGCAGCAAAACAGUUUCCUCCUAUUGGGAUAUUUACAUGUUCUAGUAAUAGCUGAUCUCAAAAACACACACACUCUGCUGAUCCACCACAUCCAGUAGUUUUACUGUACCCACGGAGAGUGAGGAGGAAGGCAAAGUUGUCCUCCUCUCAGACAUUUUGCUGACUUUCUCCUUCCGCCUCAGCAGCAAUUGAACCCACAGCCCAGUACCUCCCUAAUCCCCAACCACGCCCCGGCCCACGCUUACUUCUGGCUGUGACGUCGCACCCGCCUUGUCGCCCCCUCGCAUGGCACCAGGCCUUGCCUGAGCCUCCCCCGUCUGUCCACUAAGAAUAAACCGCCUGAGACGUUCAGCCAUCCUGCUGCUUCCGGGUAAAUCAAGGCCACAUCCUACAUUUGGUUCCGUCGCCACCCCCUCCGACCUGAGGUUUUAUUUUUUUAAAGCUGGGAUACUCAAGGACAUGCGGUGGCUGAUGGACACAUAAUUGUUGCUGCGGGGUCGAACCUGAGACUGUUUUUGUAUGAUGGAAACCAACAGGGUGUUUCCUGAAAAAGCGGCGUGGCAGUCCAGAGUCUACACGGCCAGUUUAAUACUCCAGCCUUUUCUGCUCAUCCUUAAAUAGUCAGGAACAUUGUGAAGGGCAGGCUGGUUUUAACAGCUGCGUACAGCAAUGUUAUCGCAAGAUGUUUGCACCAGAGCAAGAAAUGUCUUACUGCACUGUACUAAAUGAUGUCAAAGAGUUAGUUCAUUUACAGUAGAGCAACACUGCAUAUUGUCUUACUUUGGGUCGUGUCUUGUCUUUGUAAAGUAGAUGUGUGUGUGUGUGAGUGCGGAGGGGUUUCCAAAGAUGUCCGACAGCACUUCUGUCUAAGCGCAUAGGUCCCUUUACAUUUCAUAGUCAGAAACAUCUUCUCUUUACUCUAAACACCACAAAUGCAACCAUGUUCAAACAUUUUUGAAUUAUCGAGUCAAAAAGUAUGCAUUAUUUAGGCACCAGGAGAGGGAAGUUUGAAAAGAAUAUACAAUAUAAAUAGAGUUAGCCAGUCCUCAUAAAAAGACGCAAAAUAAGAUAAUUACAGAGGCUCUUUGGUGAGUUUAUCAUACUGGAACUGGCAUGUACAGACUGGUGAGUUUAUUGGUCAGCUUAGAAUUUAAAUGUCUGUACUGGCUGAUCAAAUUUACAGCAUACUGUAUGUGCAACACUGAGCUUGAAGGGUGGAGAUGCGAAUCUGUCUGGACAGUUGAAUAUAAACCAAAAAGCCGUUCACUGAGUUUUUUCCCCAGACGAAACAAUCACUACUUGUUAAAACAUAUAGUUGCGUCCCUGGUUUAGAGAUUUAUAAAACAAAUAUGUGAUAUUAUAUUGUAAUAUAUAAUUUUGGACACACUCACUCAUACAAAUCCACUUAAAACGCAUAAAUUUAAUAGCUUUGAACUAUAUUUAAGUCAGAAUUGAAGCUUAUAGACUUCAGCCAUAUGAUCUGUGCCAGCAGCAAUCCCAGCGGCUCUGCACUCCUCUACAAGUCAACUGUAAGCUUCAUGUCUUUAUGUUUAGUUUCAGCCCUUCUGUCUGCUGGGAAAUUUAUAUUUAGUUUGUAUUGUGUAACAGAGUCCCUGUUUGCAGCAGUGCCUACGGCUACUGCUGACUGAUCUGAUCAAAAAAUGACAUAGUAUGGGUGUAUAUCUUAUUUUUGUAUGUAAAUAUUUUAAAAUGUAAACUUUGAGCAGAGGUAAAAACGGAUCAGCCGAAACCAGCAUCAGCUCAUCCUUGUCAAGAAGGACAAUUAGGUUAAGUUUGUGCUGUUAUAAAGGGUUCCCAGUGGACACAAGGUACUACAUGGCAAUGUUUUUGAAUACCUUGAAUGUUUAUAAUGUACAUUAGGUUUUGUAAUUGUUGUAUUAGUGGUGCAGAUUUACCAAGCUCUCGUUCCGAGGUUGCUUUUUGUAGCCACAGUUCAUUUAAAAAAGAAAGUUUCUGUACUCCAGAAUAAGUCACGACUUUGUCAUUAGUCUGCAGCAGGUGCAAGAUCACCAACAAUGUGAAUGAAAUAAACCAUGUUUAUGAAUGUUUACUAAUAAAAGUAGUCAGCUGUAA